AUGUAUUAAGACGCCAGUUACUAUUCAUAAUCGUAGUAGAAAUAAUCAGUAAAGAAUAAUUCAAUGAAAGUUGCUCGAUAAUGGUAGAUUAAUGAUUAAAAGGCAGAGAAAAAUGGAUUACACAAAGCAAUUUAUUGGGUAAAAAGUUAAACAAAGAAUGAAGAUGGAACUUAAAAAUAAGAGAGAUGGGUGGCUGACUAAAAAUAUGUUGGUGAUUGGAAUCAAAACAAAAAGUGUGGCUUUGGUGUAUAAUAUUAUGGAAAUGGUGAUAAAUAUGAAGGUGGAUGGUAUGAUAAUCAAAGAAAUGGAUAAGGUACAUAUUGGGUGAGCGAAGGAAAGAAUAAAGAAUAUACAGGAGAUUGGGUGAAUGACAAGAAAACAGGCAAAGGAACUAUGUUUUAUUAGAAUGGAAAUAGAUAUGAUGGUGUAUGGUAGGAUGAUAAAUCGCAUGGAGAAGGACGUAUGAUUUAUGCCAAUGGCGAUGUUUACGAGGGGUCAUGGUUUAAAGGCUUAAGAAGUGGUUAUGGAGUCUUAACUAAAAGAAAUGGUGAUCAUUUUGAGGGCUAUUGGGUAAACGAUAAGAGAGAAGGCUAAGGAUCUUACUUCUUUGCCACAAAAAAUCAAGUGUUUGUUGGAGAAUGGGUGGAUGACAUGCCAAAAACUGGAGUGUAUUCUGAAGUAGAGGAUCCUUAUACAGUGAAAGAGGAAAGAGAGAAGCAUUUCAUGGAUCCUUACGUGUUGCCUGAUAUUCCUAAAGUUGAAUUGUAAGACCCUACCAAUGUUCUUAAGGAGUCUAUGGAGUUGGCUAGAAAGGAGAGAAUCAUUUAUAGAGCCAUUCACAUCCCAUUAGAUGAAAUGUAUUCUAAAUAGGAGAUGGAAGACUUGGCUUUAUAAUUUGAGUCUGCCUCCAAUCAGGAACAUAAAAUUACUUUAAUUAAUAGCAAAGCCAUCUUUUAGAGCAUGGGUUUUGAUAUCGAAGAAAAAAUACUUCAAAGCUAUUUAAAGCAUUUGCAAGAGGACAAGUACAAUGAAUUUGAAAUAGAGUUAGAAACGUUUAUGAGGUUAGUAGCAAUAAUAUUAGAGAGUCAAGGGCAUGAGCAAUCAGAUAUUAAUAUUUGACAUAUAUUAUUAUUAGUAUUAAUUAAUAUAAUAAAAAUUA